UUCUGCUCAAGCAUUUUUAUACCUUUUGCCUGCCUUCACCUGUCUACUGUCAGGUCGUGUCGAGACAUCUGCUCCACAGGUCAGAUUAGACAGUAUGGAACAGUGUGUAUCUACAGGGCACAAAAGCAACCUGAACCUUUCACCAGACACAUAACUCAAGGCCUGGAAGAAAUUGUCUUCCAGUAGCGCUGAACAUUUAUCAUCCUCCCUCAACGAUCAUAACCUGUUCGAAUGCUGAGGCAUCUCUCCAGUCAGUUCAAGUUUAAAACCAAGACCACGUACAGGGAAAACAACAUUGCAUUAGGUCAUUGUAUUGGCUAGCAAUCAACAUCAGAAGGCAAAUAGACAUUAAUAUUCAUUCUUAUUCCAUCUGGCUUAUUUUGUUCAGUUCAACUGUCCAGUCCAAUGUGUUAGAAGUUGGAGGCAAAAUUUAAAAGAAAAUAAUUUCUCAUAGAUUUAACAACCUCUUUCACAAAUCUCUGUCUUAAUAUCUAAACGCUAUCCAAGGGCACUUCGAUUUGCUUGAAAUACUUGAAGAAGCCUCUUGGAUGAGAGGUGAAAACGUCUUCAGGCAAGUCCAGUUGCUUUCGGAUAGAGUUUAGAUAUACUAUGACCUGGGCGACUGAGAAUCUUUUCACCGAAAUAUUACUACACACAGUGUUAAUAAUCUUUUAAGUCACAACCUUAAUGCUAAUGCUAAUGCUACUGGACUGGUAAAAAGCAGCAUCCUUAUUUUUCAGCCUCACUCGUGCAUUUGCUCCAGUUGAUAACGUAAAAUGUGACACAACAAUAAGAUCAAAAUCAUCAAUAUGUUGAAUUAUGUGCUUUUGUAAACUAGAUUUUGGCCUGGACACUCAUCAUAUUUUAUUCUGUUACUUAGUUUGCAGAAGCUGGAGUGACUAAUCUACACACAAAAUCACUAUUUAAAGGACAUUCUGCAACUUUUUUGUGCCCUCAGCUGUAACUUCCACAUCACGGAUGAGAGGGCGACUGACUCAGAGCAUCAGCCCUCUCUGCAGACUUUGCUCCGAGUCCAUCUGGUUACUUAGCUGCCUCUGUUUGUUUGUUUUCAUUUUCCUUAGUGACUCAUCAUCUGCUUCAUUUCCUCCAUCUCCUCUCUGGCCCCCGACCAUGGGAAAAGCCUUGAGAGAUCAAUAGCAGAGUCUUUCUCCCACUCUCUUUCACUCUCUCUGACUCUGGGCCAUAUCGUUCCUGUGAGACGGCUGGAAAGAUGGCUCACAUGUGUUUGCGCUCUUCCUGUGGAACAUAGUGUUUCUCUAUCUCAUCAUCGUUGAUGUAUCAAGCACAGUGGAUACAUUAUAGUCCACCAUGCUUAGUCAUAUUCUCAUAAAUUGUUGGUCAGCAGUUUUCCAGAGUGGAAAUACCCACUCUACAGUUUACAUCAGUGGCACAGAGCUCAGAGCAGGAAGUUCCACCUCCUACUCCUACACCAUGUUUUAUUUCCUCCUAGGAUCAGACUGUCAACACCUGCUUUACCAAUACACAAUGCUGAGGAGACUCACUGCACUGCAGGGCUUAGUUUGCAGCCUCCUCUGAUCAACAGGUGUGGUCCAUCUGAUAUCCAAAUCAAUGGAAACCCUGCAGGAGCCAAUGCAUCUCAGAGACUGUCUGAGGAUCUGAACUUUGACCCAGCGUUUUUAAAACCGGAGUUGAAGUUCUUUCCUCCUAGAGUUUAUUUUCUAAAUGGGAAAAAAAUGCCGAUGCUGUUUCCCCCUCUGCUGCAAGUUGUGGAUGUAACUCUGCACCGAGAUGGGGAGGAGAAGGGGUUGGGAGGAGGGAAAUAGCAGAGCAGCCCAGAGAGUGAAUGAAAACAGGUAGGAGCAAGACAUAAACAACAAUGUGGACACUGCUCUAUGGAUUAACAAACUUCAGACAAACUCAUGGAUGUAGCUGUUGUCUGGACUCGCUAAGAAUAGAGAAAUGGAUCUUCAUGUGUCAGAUAAUUCUGACAGUACAGCCGACAUGGAGCGCAUGAGCAGGAAUAAAGUGGAACAUGAGCGUCAGACACAUCAGGUCUUACAGAGCACUCCUUUAGACCUGAUUGAAACAGGCAAGUCCCUGAAAGUCCAGGCAGAGCGCCCCCACCUGGUUAGUUUGGGAAGUGGACGCUUGAGCACUGCCAUCACUUUGCUGCCACUACUGGAAGGGAGAACCACGCUGGGCAGCGAGGGGACAGAUAUUCCUCUGCAGGGCCACGGCAUUGCAGCUAAGCACUGCUACAUUGAAAACAAAGCAGGCAGCAUCACCUUGUACCCAUGUGGAAACCAGUGCUCUGUAGAUGGGCUUCCCAUCAGCAAACCAUAUCGCCUGACACAAGGGUGCAUGCUGUGUUUUGGCCAGUCUGCCUUUUUCCGCUUCAACCAUCCUGAGGAGGCCCUGCGGAUGAAGAGCAUGCUGCCUGGAGGAGCAAACACCACAAGAACUCAACAUCCAACAGACUCCUACAGAGCCCAGAACGGGAACCAUCAGUCCCUUUCGAGAAAUGGCAAAACCAAAAUCAACAACAUAGAAAUCUCAUCAUCCUCAGUAUCUGGUAAACAGCUUAUUCAUCAGCCCGCUCAUCCAAACAUGCUCAAUGGAAAAAACGGCUCCAUGACACAGGACUCUAUUUACGAAAACAGCAGCAGCUUUCUAGGCAAGAGCCUCGGUAGCAAAACCCCUCCAGUACCUGCCAGGUCCACUCAUACCAACCGCUCUCCUAUUCCCCAUCCACGGACGUCACUCUCUGUGGCCUCAAGCAGUUCUAGUGGUGGUCAGACAGCCAAGGAGAGCCCGAGGCUUCCUAGGAACAGAAGAGCAGAGCCCACGUCAGGCCUCACACUGCCUAGCGGGGGGUCGGGACAGGGCACAGAAAACUCUAACCUAAGCCGCAAACAAUCCCCCAUCAAAUUUUCCCCGACAGCUCCAUCUAGCCCUCGAGUGAGAGGUUCUUCCCUACAGAAGAGAUCCCCCAGUCCUUUGAGAAAUCAGCCCCUGUCUCAUGGAGAUGUCCCUCAAAGGAUCAGGACUCCAGAGCCAAUAGGUUCCAACAGAGAACCUCCUAAUCUCAGCUCUUACGCCUCCAACAAAGGGACUCCAGGAUCACACUGCUUGGCUUUCUCUCUCAACUCACAGGGCCUCACUGUUAAACCUGUCCCCAACAGCCCCCAGCGCCCCCACAAGCUCAUAGCUCCUUCAAAAGCAGAAGCCAUAAGGGCACAGUCUGCCCAAAGUCCGUCAUCAGUCUCUGAGGUGGAGAAGGAUCUUGGAGGUAGGCAGUUAAGGCCUGGCCCUGGUUGUUCCAUCAUGCCAGGUCUGGAUUCUCUAUCUGGGUUGUCUCCUCCUGCUAGCCCUCAUAGCCAAAAAAAGCCCAACUGCAUGACAGUGUCAGGAUCUUCCAGCAAGGAACAGAGUCUUACAAAACCAUAUACUCGGGAACGCAAAAACAGCAUCUCCGAGAUCAGUGACAACGAGAAUGAUUUGCUGGAAUACCACCGCUGGCAGAGAGAGGAGAGGCUGCGUGAACAGGAAAUGGAGAAACUGGAGCGCCAGAGGCUGGAGACCAUCCUCAACCUUUGUGCAGAGUAUAAUGAUGAGGACAGCGCCGUGGAUCUGGCUGAAGUGGUGAGGAGUGGGCUGAUAGGGGGCCCUACGGGAUCCUACUUGGACACAGGAGGGGGGAUGUCUCUUCAGGGACUAGACAGACCCCAGAGGGCCAAAGAGAAUGAUGAGGAAACCCAGAGAGAGGAGUCCAGUAGCACAGAGAGCACACAUCAAGAGUGUGAUGAGCCGUUAGCCGGUCAGGAGCAGGUUUACCUGGAGGAGGAGAGGAGCAGAAUCUUGGCCAGGGUUGAUGACUUGAAGCAAAGAGUUAGUGAACUGGAGCUGCAGCUACAAGAGACCAAACAGGAGGUGGAGAUGGAGCAGGCUCUGCUGCAGGCGGAGAGACAAGCAGAGCAGGAACAGGUGGAGGCUGAAAAUGAAAUCAUCUCCCAGCUGCAGCUCAAACUCAGCCAGCUGGACAAGGCCACCCAGAAAGAGAAAGACAAGGGGAGGGCUAAUGUGUCGGCUGAGCGGAAGGUCCUGGAAAAGCAGAGGAAUGAGUACAAUGAGCUGAAGAGGCAGUUUGAUAAGUGCCCCUUGUCUCUAAGGGAACAGUUACAGGAGCAGCUCAGCAGGAAAACUGAAGCUCUGGAAGUUGGGACCAAGCAGUUUGAGGAGCUGGAGUUUUGCCAGCUGGAGGAGGAGAGCAGUCUGGAGGAGAAGAAGGAGACUCAGAGCUCGCAGCUUUUCCAAGAACAAGCCGAAUAUCACUGCAGAGUGGCAAAGAGGAAGGAGAAGAUGGGUGCUCUGGAAGCUCAGGUGAAGCAGUUGGGUUUACAGGCAGCUCGAGACUGUGAGAAGAUGGCUAAAGACAGGACACUGACUCUGCAGCUGGUGCACGAGGAGUUAGAAAGGUUGUGUGCCCUGGAGAAGAGGUACCUCACUGUGACUGGAGGGAGGAACUUCCCAAAGCCCGACAGCAGCAUGAAAGAGGAGUACCUCAGGCUCUCUGAUGUCUAUAAGAUGUAUGGAAAUGCUUCCAUGCAGCCUCGCUCUUCUUCCCCUGCUGCUCUCCACUGCCUCUCCCUCGCUGUAGCUCCAACUCUGCCGUGUGAGGAGUACAUCACAGUCAGUCAGUUAAGCCAGAUCUUUGGGAUGCAGAGAAUUGAUCGCUCCUCUUCCGCCUCUAUUCCAUCAUUCCAACUCUCCUCCUCCUCCCAAUCCACCUUGUCAUGCCACACUACAGCAUGUGGUCCUUCCACCUUUCUCUCUGCACAGAGUCAGCCUGAGCUGCGCAGGAAUGCAAUGCCGCCUAUUAACCUUGAGCGCUGGUACCAGGACAUCAUGGCUGCCGGAGAGCCUGAGUCAUGUCCACCACCACUGCCUGCAAAGUCUUUUUCCACACGCCGACAGGGGCAGCUAUUGAAAUCCAAAUCAGAUGGUGAAGUUGGACUGGCAGCAUCAUGCAGCACUGCAGCCAUGACACCUUCUAGUGGUGUUGCUCAUGACAAAAAUGCAUCCACCAAGGGGUUACAGUUAAUGCUGAGGGAGAUGUCAAACCCAUUAGACAUGGACUCCAGGAGGCAGUUGGCCCUGCAGAGUAAAGAUCUGUCUCCCACCAUCCAUCACUCCAUCCUGCACCAUCAGUCGCCACCGAGUGGCAGCCAAGCGUACGACACCCUCAGCCUGGAGAGCUCAGACAGCAUGGAGACCAGUGUCUCCACCGGCAACUCCGCCUGUACCCCAGAAAGCGCCUGUGGGUUAGAGGCCCAGAGGAUAGAAGAGAUGGAGAAGAUGCUGAAGGAGGCGCAGCAGGAGAAAGCCAGGCUGAUUGAGACCCGAGAGAGGGAGGUGCAGGCUCGGCGGCAGAUGUUGGAGGAGGAGCGGAGGAGGCGAGAGGAGGCCGAGAGGAGGCUUCAGGAUGAGACGGCCCACAGGCAGAGGCUGGUGGAGGAGGAGGUGAAGAUGAGAGAGAAACACUUCUCCCAGGCCCGUCCAAUGACGCGCUAUCUGCCGAACCGUAAAGAGGAGUUUGACUUGCGUGCCCACGUGGAGUCGUCUGGACACAGCAUAGACACCUGCCCCUAUGUCAUCCUCACUGAAAAGAUGUGCAAGGGACACCUGGUAAAGAUGGGUGGCAAAAUCAAAUCGUGGAAGAAACGCUGGUUCGUUUUUGACCGUCUCAAGAGGAACUUCUCUUACUACGUGGACAAGCAUGAGACCAAGCUGAAAGGACUCAUUUACUUUCAGGCGAUAGAGGAGGUUUAUUACGAUCACCUUCGCAGCGCCACCAAGAGCCCCAACCCAUCUUUGACCUUCUGCGUGAAAACCCACGACCGCCUCUACUACAUGGUGGCCCCGUCCCCGGAGGCCAUGAGGAUCUGGAUGGAUGUCAUAGUAACGGGUGCCGAGGGGUACACGCAGUUCAUGAGCUGAGGGACCACUGGGUGACAGAUUUGGAGGAUGACAUCCAGACUCCUGCUCCCGGACGGAGGCAGAGCUGGAGUGGAAAACACACAGCCUGAUGGUGUCUGUAACGGAUGGACAUUUGAAGAGAUAAAUAAUCUGAGGCUCUUGUAAAACGCCCGAUGCCUUUGAGCAAAUGAGGGUUUAGUCAUGACAAAGGUGCAUUUGUAUUUACCUGUAAGGUGCUGCCAGAAGGAAAACACUUUGAGCAACCUGCCAACGGACCUAUGGGGAGUUCUCAACUAAUCACCUUCUGUCACCUAAACGAUAACAGCGAUAACAUCAUUUCUGAGGUUUCAGGACGAACACUUACUUCAUAUAAGCUCAAACUGUUCCCACCAGUGAAGUCGAUCUAUGCAUGCAGUGUUAUCACUCUAACCAAUGCCUCUGCUUUUUUCCCCCUUUUUUGAUACAUUUGUACUUCUUGGAUGACAAAAUAAUCUCAUAACAUUUCGCUAAGAAAUAAACACAAUUUAGCUGCAAAUAUUCUAAAAUAUUUUAAAAUAUGUUACUUAUUCAAUGAAACAUUACUUGGUGCCAAAUACUUUAUGUAAUGUUUUGCCAGAUUUUUACAAAACAGAUGUCAACAUCGCUCUAUAUAUUGUUCCAAGGGCUUUUCAUUCAGGCAAAUAGUAAUAUGGUAUGUUUGUAUAUCACCUGAAUAUGUCAAAGAAAACCUUCUAUUAACAUUUUAACAAAACUCAUAAAUUAUAUCCUUAUAAUGAUAUUGUAAAACUACCAUGUACAUCUAAUAAAUAAAUAUAUGAUGCA